AUGCGCAAAAAUUCGGUUCCAAACCCGGAUCCCUCCUCUGCGAUGUCUGUCGAAAAUGUGGAUGAAUUUUUGGUCUCCUUGAGUGGAAAGGAGUAUCCCUGGAGGCAACAGCAGCCUUCCCUUUUAAAUGGAGUGGGCCUCCAUGGAAAGUCUUUCAGUGACAUGCAGACGACGCAUCCUCUCUCGCUGAACCUAUCUAUCCUCGACUUUUCUCCUCUUCAAGAGAGACGUGCCCAUCAUGAGAGCAUAAUUUCUCCCUUGGCUUCUCGCGUAUUUUCUGUGGAAAUCUCACAAUCUGAUUCCGAGCUUAUCAUGGAGACGCAAAGAGAGUGUUCACUCAAAGCAAUUCAAGAAACUCAGCACCGGAAUGCGCACGAUUUUUGUAAUCUCACUGAAAAUGAGGCUAGCAUGCCAUCUUCGGGAGAAUGGAUUGCAUCGACUCAGCGAGAGAACAUGCCCUUGAGGGUUUUAGAGAACAUUGUUACCACCCCAUUGACGAAGAAAUCGGUCCGUGAAACCCCCUACAAAGCCGAUGUUAUACUCGAAACUCCACUCAUUAAAAGAAGAAUCUCCCAAACCCCGAUUCAAAAAAGAUGCAACGCAGAUUCCGUUUCCAGCUCCAUUUUAACUUGUCAUUCCCCAAGUAAAACUAAUGUGCCAUCUUUUCCCUGCCUGUAUAAUGACGAUAUCUCAAUUAGAGAGGACACUGCUUCAAUUGGAUUGGACGAUACCUAUGCCAAGCCUAGCUGUUUAUCUCCCAUUAUCGACCAUCCUGAUAAAACAUUUCCAGAGGCGAUAUAUUCGAACAUUGAACCCUCACUUUUUCCAGAGCCUUGUUUGCCUGCAUCUAUUGCGCUCUCUCCUGCAGAGAACAAUCCCUUGGCAAAAUUUAUACUUGGGAAUUCACUUUUAGGGAGAGUUGAAAAAUCUUGCGACCAUGCCGAAAUCUGCAGCUCGAACUUGCCAACGACUCCAUUGAUACGGAAAAAAGGAAACUCAAAACCAAUCCUGCCAUCCAUUUCAUCAACCUCAAAGACCUGUAAGGAAAUACUUGCAAGGCUUUCAGUUAAAAAGGUAGAGGCGCUAAACCCGGCUGUCGCCAAUAAAAAAGAUGUGGAAUUUUCGAAAUGCUCACUUUCUUGCCUCGGACUUGCAUGGGCUCCAAACAAAUCGAUUCCUUCGAUUUUUUCUCCAUAUAGACUUGUAGGAAAGGGCAAAAAAUGGGUAGCACCCAUUUCUUCUAGCACAAGCUACAAAAUCACCUCGCAGACUGAUGAGCUCAUUGAAAUCUUGGUCGAAUCAACGCCAAAUGUGAUAAAGUCAACCCGCCGUUUGCUUGUUGACGAAAAAUUGCAAAUCGAUGGUUUUCGUUUGUCUCAUGGAUCCGAGUAUUUUAUUAGAAAGGGCAGGUCGAGCGGAUGGAGGAAGGCCAAAUUAGUUGGGCUUCUUAUGGGAUCAAACGAUAAGGUGGUUGGAAAAUUGGGCGAUAUCUCAUUUUCAUUUUUUUGUGGAAACGAAGUGAUCGCCAUUUCAUCUCUUAAGGAUAUUUCGGUUUCGUUUGAUCCCUCUUUUUCGAUUUCUUCGGAAGCACAUGAGAUCCCCAAAUCUACUCUAAAAAAGAAACCUUGCGUUGCUAAACUUAGAAGCGUAGUUUCCAGCUAUUUUUGUAUCACUGGGAGUAAAACAAUGAAAAAGGCAUCUGUCGAUCAAUGUGGUAAACAAUUGUCCACAUUGCCUUUACUGAUAAGGGCUAUCGAGGCUGGUAGUGAAAUUCCCCUUGUAAUUCUAUUUUCUACCACAAAAAAGAAACAACUCCACUUGUCGCUUGAAUAUCUAUCAAGCUAUGCGCAUAGGACGGCAAAGCUUUUGGCAGCCGCCGCUGCUGCGAUCACUCAUCGGCGUAAAAAUAUUAUUUUUAGGCUCUUCCCAUCAGAACCACAAAUGCAGUGGACCGUUGAUUCCUUAUCUGUUCCUUUUCCAUGUUUUGGGGAAUGGGCUGUGGUCGGUCCAAGUAGCGAGUGGAGAUAUAUACUGCAAUCCGGUGGUGCUUCAUUGCAGGACGAUAAAUCCUCUUGUAAGAAUGUUCUUCUUGUCGGAAAGAGCGUUUCGGAGAUAUCCUCUUUUGAUUCGUUUGAAGGGAAACUCGUUUUCACCACGGAGACACUUUCACGAAUGAUCAUUGACCGUCUUGUGUCAGUACUUGUGUCCGUUUGA